AGCAACUCUGACGUCAUCACGUAGAACGUGCAGCACUGAAGCAACAUGGCUCUGAAUGGAGAUGACAAGGACUUCGAGUGGGAGCCUCCAACAGAGGCAGAGAUGAAGGUGAUCCAGACUCGCAGGGAGCGACAAGACAAAAUCAGCAAGCUGAUGGGAGACUACCUGCUCAAAGGAUACAGGAUGCUGGGAGAGUGCUGUGAUGUGUGCGGGACGAUUCUUCUCCAGGACAAACAGCACAAAAACUACUGUGUCUCAUGUCAGGAGCUGGACUCUGAUGUUGACAAGGACAACCCUGCUCUGAAUGCACAGGCAGCGUUGUCCCAGGUGAGAGAGAGACAGCUCGCGGCCCAGUCCGCUGCACCGUCCCAGGCCCCAGAACUCAAUGGAGGCCCCAGCAGCACCAGUAGUCAGGCAAGUGUGUCCGUUCCUCUGCCCAGACCGGAGCACUGUGAGGGGGCUGCAGCAGGGGGAAGAGCUCUCCUGCCUCCGCCUGCUGUCCCUUCUCCUUCAACCCCUGCACCCACCCCUGCCCUGGCGCCUCCUCGCCCCCCAGUAAGUCCACCCACCCCUGCCAUCUCACCUAUGUUGCUAGAAGCUGAGGAGGCUGUUCUCGUCAAACUUCGGUGGGCCACUAACCAGCUACAGAGUUCGGCCUCCCUGGAAUCGAGUAUCCAGCUCUGCAGCCUGAUCACCAGCUGUGCCAACUCGCUGCGCAGCCUCAAGGAGCUCAGCCAGUAGCCGCCACGGUUGAAACCCUGGAGUGCUGUUUCUUCUUGCCUCUGUUCUGGAAUACUGACUCUGGUUCGCUGCCUCGCGGCAUCUCCCUUUGACUGACUCCCUGCAUAGAACUGAAUUUGAAAUUGGUCAGCAAAUGCACUUGAAAUAAGAUUAAAAUGUCAUAAGUUCACAAGUUGCUCUUGAGUUAGCAUACCCUACAUGGCCGGCAGAAAUAUCAUGUUACAUUGUUUCCUUAAAUGUUUAAGUAUACCUGUUUGAACAUUUGACUGUUUUUGUCAAUAUGUAAGUUAUGAUGUAGUGACAAGAACGGAACAUGUCUAAAUGCACAUUCGUCAUUGGUAUGAAUUUAAAACCGUCUGGCCAUUAAAACAUUUUAAAAUAAGACUUAAUCUAUUAUCUACAGGAAAAGACUGCAAAUGUAAUUCUACAGUUGACUUUGAUUAAUCCUAAAAAGGCCACCACAUUGAUAUCAGGGUAAAUGAUGAGAUGUUCAGUCGGGUGAACAAAGGGUGUUGGUUUGCAAAUUC